CCAUGUGAUCCCCGUUGAAUUUAAUGUGUUGUGUAAUGUUUAGGCUGUAAAUAAGCGAGAAUUUAUUCGUGAAUUGAAUGACAGUCAAGGAAUAUUAGAAACAUCAUGAUGACAAUUCAGAGAUAGUUACCUAACCCAUUUCAUUAAAACAGGACGAUAAACUGUGUCUAUUCCCUCUGUUGUGCGAAUCGUGCCUUGUAAAGCACGUGGUAUCUUUUCAAGGUAUGAACAAUGAGGGAGAUUGACAGCCAAACCGUUCUGUGGAGUCUUAUCUAUUGGUUCCUGUGUAUAUUCCUGCUCUGUGAAUCUGCGAGCCUAUCGAAAGAGAAAUCCAACUGUGACCCUAAUGUUGACAUUGUUUUUAUGCUUGAUGGCCAGUCACGCGUAACCUCCAAACAAUUUCAUCAGCAAAAAGUGUUCAUCCGGGACAUCUUAGAGCGACAUGAAUCUCCUGCUGGGGCUGUCCAGGUCGGAUUCGUAGUUUGUGCGAAUGGAAACGUUACUACAUCUGGAUUGCAAUCGUCUAUAUUCGACAUCCUUGAGAAUGUGAGGAAGUUGGACAAACCUUUGGAAGGCAGUGCCACCAGAAGGACAGAUCACUGUAUUCAGGCCAUCAAUAGAGUAUUCUCUCUCGGUGGAAGGGACGGAGUCAAAAAGAUCGCCGUCCUACUUAUAGGCGAGGACAACUCAUGGAACGAUAAAUCUACCAAAGCGCAUGUGCAGGAAGCAAAGGAUAACCAUGUGGCGAUCUUGGUAAUUACCACGGACAGUAAAAAUUUUACAAGAUUGCACUCACUCCGGAAUAUUGCAAGUGACGAUGGGAAGUUCUUCGUGCUUCCGUCAUAUGAUGGACUACGACCUUUAUCUACGGACCUCUCCACAGGAUCCUGUUUACCCAUUGCGCUUGACCUCGCAACCAAACGAGAUGGGAUAACUUCGUCACCAGUGACAGCACCUACCCACACAACAGCGUCUGAUUCCAAGUGUCGAUCUACUGGAAAGUCAGCAUUUGAGAAGUUCAUUCCAUUCUUUGGUUGGAUCAAGCUUAAUUGUGCUGAAACAGAGAGUGUCGAUUUGGUCAAAUGCGAGUGUGUGCUUGAUCAAAUUCUCACAACCACACAUGUAGAAAUUACCACGCCUGCACUCAACGUCAUUACAACUAAAAAGGUCCCAAGUACCAGCACAGCUGUAAAACCUAGAAAAAUGGAGCUGCCAAAAUUGUCUACUUGGAAACCAAAAAAAACCACGAAAGAACGCAAUAAAUCUACAACAAAUUCACCGCAUCAGACAUCUACAAUUCGAUUCAAAUCCACAUCUGUCGCUCCAGUUGACCCCUCACCUAACAAGAUGACAAGUUCUUAUUCUCAAACAUUGAGUACAACCACAAUCACCACUGUAACUAAAAUAAAAUCUACUCUCUAUCCCGGAAAUUCAGUUCUUAACAAACCCAAGGUGACUCCUAAAAUUGAUUUGUCAUUAUUUUUGCCACCGGACGAAAAGGUCAAUCAAACGGAGGCGUCCAAAGCAGACAUUCAAACACUCUUCAAUCUUCUCAAUAUGAAUAAUGCUUCGACUCCAGCUUCAAACUUCAGUGACUUGAGUUUUAAUGAAACUGGUUCCUCUUUUAAUGAGACUUUUGAGAAUAAUGUUUUAAAUUCGGCAAUAAUGUCAUUACUCCAUAAAGACAUGAAAGAAACUGAGAAAGUAUUUGAAGACAACUUGAAAUCAGACACCACAAAAAAGACAAAGAAGCGGUCUAAAAUUUCUUUUAUGCUUCCUAAACUUUUACACACUUCAGGAAAGAGCGUGAAGAACUCGUCAUCGGCAGUCCCUCUAGGUCUUCCCUCUUCUUUAACCAUUAUUGAUGCUGCUAUAAAGACUCUUUCGAAUGACUCUACGUUGAAUAUUGAGCGUGAAAACGCCACUAAUGAAAACAAAACCAAAAACAACCCAUUGUCGUCAACCAUGAAAUUGCUAUCUCUGCUUCAAGCUGAAAACUCCGUUCAAACAAAUAUCAUUUCAUUCCUCAAGAACACAACGUCCACUAAGUCUGAAAUAUUAGACAACUAUACACAAACAAAUCCUCUUCCAUCAAACAAUGUUUCUGACGUUGAAAAUCUUCCAUCCGAAAGUGGCACUGUGAAAAACUCUUCCGCUUCCUCUCUCCUUAUAAAGCUAUUAAAUAUAGAAAAUACCCUUCAAGCGAGGUUGAUAUCAAUGCUGAAUAAAGAAAACUUCCUGCUGGGUCACACUGAUUACGAUUACCCGGAUCUUCCUACACUUCCGCCUUUACUUCAGGAUUCCACCACCUCGAUUGUUCCCAUUGAGGCUAUAAUGAGCACCACCCCAUCCACAGCCAAUACCACAGCACCUACAGAGGUCGUCGAACUUUUUAAAUCCGACAGCGAGUUGGAAUCCGCCAUUGCUAUUCUUAUGAACGAAAAAUCAACCAAAAGAGUCUCCCCAAAGGCACCUCAGUCACGUGACAAAUCAAACAUCUUAACGGAAACCUCUGAUGACAAGGUUUUUAUGUAUAACACUAGUAGUCAUUCGUCCGAAAUGGAACCAUUAUUAAAUGCAACACAAACACCGCCUACAAAAGAGGUCACCACUUCUUCGCCUUUUCGUAUCACCACUGUGAACAUUGGUUCAUCGCCAACAUCAUCUUUACCGAAUAAAAAUGUCGGUAUGAAGUUUCCUGAUCAUUCGCCAACAAAAUCAUCGCCUGUUGUCACUACUACUUUACAAAUUGUCAAGCGAAAGGUCUCCAAAACAGUUUUUCAUCCUCAGCAACGAAAACGGUUUCCUCAAUCUUUACCUAGUGAUUGGUCACAAAUCCCUCAUUCAUCAAAAUCAUCGAACAUGCUUUCAAAAAGGGGGAAGGAUGCAAAGACUAAUCUCUCAUCGAAAUCAUUAAUAAAAGUAAUGAAAACGAACGUAACACGGUCCAAGAUGAAGCCUGUGAAUACUUCAGUUGGUCCGGGAUCGUCCUCCAAAGUGACGUCAUCGUUUGUGUCAUCUUCAUCAUCACCCUCAUCAUCAAUAUCAUCAUCGUCAGACUCAAGGACGGCGAAACCUUCCCCAUUGACAGUAGUGUUUAGGAAAAUUGUGAAAAAAGACGUCGAGUUGACGAAACCGAAAGUACCAGCUAAAAAUAAAGAAAAGAAGAAAAAGGACAUUCAGUUGUGGGUACCUAACAAUAUGAAAACGAAGAUUAAGAUAUUUUAAUGAAUAAAAAAUAUUAUGUAGAGUCUCGUAUCUGAGUACAUGACUAUAUGAGGAACUAAUUCAGCAUACAUUAUGUUACUUCAUUUUGUGUAGGUACUAAUAGUAAGUCAUUGUAAUCUGUAUAAUCGAUAUAUUACAAGAUAUAGUCUCAUACUUUAUAUAUGGUAAAGUGUUACCGUAUGACAUGUAAGAUGGGCGACAAUCGUAUUUAUUUUGUUACAAAUGUUAUAUAUUUAUUUUAAGAGCAUCAUGUUUAAUAUAAUAAAGUUGUAGAAAGAU